CGUAUUGACCCAAAGUAGCAUCCGGUUUUUCUGGACAGGCUAGCCAGAGAUGCUUGAAAUGCCGCUGUGUGAUCGACUGAAUUAUCCUCAUUUCAAAUCGAGAAAUUAAGCAAACUACCAGCCUACACCGCUUUCUAAAAUGAACGUUUUUUGACAGCUUCUUUUGUUAUUCGAGCCUCUUUGGCCUUCGGUAGCUUUAAGAGUUAGCACAUCUGGCUAACUGGCUUAUCAGCCUUUUUGCUACUGUCAAGUUUCUGCCUCCUGCUUGGCCGACAGCUGACAGAAACUCUGCUCUUGUGGAAAUAAUUAACUUAGCCUCUGUUUGGACCUUUACUCGCUGCUGGUGGCUGUUGGGAGGAGAAUGUAGCUGUUAGAUAGCUGGAUUCAUUGUGUGAUUGUAAGAUCCAUAAACGCUUAAAAAUAGAUUCUUGGAAUUUGUCGCGUAUCACAGGGUUUUUAUUUUAUUUUUCCAGUCUGAUACUUAAUUUGCCAAAACGUCAACGUGUCUCAGCCUAAUUUGUUGCAGAUCCGGGUGACAAGAUGGAAAUGUAAACAGGUGUGACAUGUAUGCAUAGCACAGCAUAGGUUCUUUCAUAACGGCGAAGAAUAGUUUUUGUAGAACCUGAUGGACUGGCUAUUGCACAUUGACGGAGGAACAGAAAAUUGUUGUUUUCUUCACUGACCAAGUUGGGGUCUGGUUAGAGUAGUUGAAUUGUAAUGUCGGGGUUUCUAGGACCAAGGAAGACUGGCUGAAAAUAUUUUGCAUCGAGCUGAAGUUAAGCCUUCCAUUCAUAAUGCUAUUCGUACUGUUGAUACCAAUGUUUCUUGGGGCAUUGUGUAUUCAUGGGGAGGCAAUAACAAGAGAGGAGAAACGCAAAUUAAAGGACCAAGUGGUGGAGAUGUUUGACCAUGCAUAUCAAAAUUAUAUGGACCAUGCAUAUCCGGCAGAUGAACUGAUGCCUUUAACAUGCAGAGGCAGAGUGCGAGGUCUUGAGCCCAGCCGAGGUGACGUGGAUGAUGCUUUGGGCAAGUUCUCUCUGACACUUAUUGAUACCCUGGAUACUUUAGUGCUUUUAAACAAAACAACAGAGUUUGAGGCUGCAGUUAAAAGAGUCUUGUCUGAUGUGAGGCUGGACAAUGACAUUGUGGUUUCAGUAUUUGAAACUAACAUUCGUGUUCUUGGUGGUCUUCUGGGAGGGCACUCCAUGGCUGUGAUGCUGAAAGAGGAAGGACAGCUCAUGCAGUGGUAUCAGGAUGAGCUUUUGCACAUGGCCAAAGACGUCGGCCUCAGAUUACUGCCAGCCUUCAACACCAGCAGUGGCCUGCCGUAUCCUAGAGUGAACCUAAAGUAUGGCGUUAGAGGCCCUGAGACAAGAACAGGCACAGAAACGGACACCUGUACUGCAUGUGCUGGUACCAUGAUUUUGGAGUUUGCCGCCUUAAGUCGUUUUACUGGAGAUCCAGUGUUUGAGGCUCAUGCACGGAAAGCCUUAGACUUUCUAUGGGAAAAGAGGCAGAGAAACAGCAAUCUUGUUGGAACUACAAUCAACAUCCACUCAGGGGAGUGGGUCCGUAGAGACAGUGGAGUAGGAGCUGGAAUUGACUCAUACUAUGAAUACCUGCUUAAGGCUUACAUCUUACUGGGAGAUGACCAGUUCCUUCAACGCUUCAAUAUACACUAUGCAUCCAUAAUGAAGUACAUUAGUCAGCCUCCACUGCUGCUUGAUGUCCACAUCCACAAGCCUCUGCUCCCUGCUCGGACAUGGAUGGACUCUUUGCUUGCCUUCUUCCCUGGUCUUCAGGUGCUAAAGGGAGAUAUACGUCCCGCUAUUGAGACACAUGAGAUGUUGUAUCAAGUUACCAAAAAACACAACUUUUUGCCAGAGGCCUUCACAACUGAUUUUAGGGUACACUGGGCACAGCAUCCCUUGAGGCCAGAGUUUGCAGAGAGCACUUAUUUCCUGUACAAGGCCACAGGAGACCCGUAUUACUUGGAGGCAGGUCGCACCAUUCUGGACAACCUAAAUAGAUAUGCUCGUGUACCCUGUGGAUUUGCUGCGAUGAAGGACGUACGCACCGGUAGUCAUGAGGACAGAAUGGACUCAUUCUUCCUUGCUGAAAUGUUUAAAUAUCUGUUCCUGCUUUUUGCUGAUGCGGAAGAUGUACCGUUCGAUGUGGAGGACUACAUUUUUACUACAGAGGCUCACUUUCUUCCUUUGUCCCUUUCCACUGCUCGCCAAUCUUCAUCCAUAACUCUGAAUAUAACAUCUGAAGAAGAAUUGGAUGACUCCAACUUUGACUGGACUUGUCCCAACACCCGGCUACUGUUUCCUGAUCCUGCUUUCCCUCGAAAUAUCAGAGAACCUAUCCGCAGUGUAGUGGACAAGAGCUGCCCUCGGCCUGCUCCAUACAGAGAGCCUGGUAUAGGCCGUCCUCCGCUGAGAGCUCAGGAUUUUAUGGCAAAUAACCCUGAACAUCUGGAGCUACUCAGAAGAAUGGGCGUCAGUCUUAUCCACCUGAAGGAUGGACGAGUACAGUUGGUUCAACAUGCUACACAAGCUGUGAGUGCAGUGGCAGCAGAGGACGGAGUACGGUUUAUGCAGGAGAUGAUGGAGUUGUCCAGUCAGCAGCAGAAAGAACAGCUUCCCCCCAGAGCCAUUCAGAUUGUCUCACAUCCGUUCUUUGGCAGGGUAGUGCUGACAGCAGGCCCUGCACAAUUUGGCACAGACCUGUCCAAGAGUGUCACUGGGGUAAGAGGUUUUGUGACUGUAGCUGAACCGUACAGUGGCUGCAGUGAGAUUACCAAUGCUGAGUAUAUCCAGGGCCACAUUGCACUGCUCCAGAGGGGCCAGUGCAUGUUUGCAGAGAAAGCCCGGCAUAUUCAGAAGGCUGGUGCCAUCGGGGGUAUUGUAAUUGAUGACAACGAAGGCAGUAGCAGUGACACGGCUCCCCUCUUCCAAAUGGCUGGAGAUGGACGCAGCACUGAUGACAUCACUUUACCUCUUCUGUUCCUCUUCCACAAAGAGGGCAACAUACUGUUGGAGGCACUGAAGGAGUACCGAGAGGUGGAGGUGCUUCUGAGUGACAAAGCUCGGGACAGAGCAACUAUAUUUAAAGGUAAACCCCUUCCUGGCAGCUUGAUUGAAGACAGUGUGGAUACACAAGAAACACAAGAGGACUGUGUAACUGAUGCAACAACUGCAACCUCCUUUGAGCCUCUGGGCCUAUCAGACUUAACCACGACAGAGCGAGCUGAACCUGCUCCUCAAGUUGUGACGUCACCGGAGGAAGUUGAUGGGGCAAAUGAAGGAACCAGCCCUGCCCAGGAUGUUGACCUUUCUGAAGACUUGACUCCUAAAGAGUCUCAUUCAGCUGAGGCAAAAGAGGAGGUAGAUUCUGAGCCAAAAGAGGAGGCCAAGGACCGGACAGAAAACAGGCGCUCUGUGGAGUCGCUGCUUGCUGACUGGCAGGAGGACUUGGAAGCAUUCCAGCAGAUGGAGAGGGAUGAACUCUGAUGUCACAUGUGACAUGUUGAGCCCUGAGACUGUGGUGGGAGCAGAGAGGGGCAAAUAUCCGCGUGACCAGCCUUAACUAACUAGUCACUGAAAACAAGGGUAAUUUUUAACAUAGUUGUCUAUGUUAAAAGCUGCGUUAUGCAUUUUACACUGUAGAUGGCAUUAUGUGCCAAGGCAGCCCACAUAUUGUAUUUCUGGACCACAAGGGAGUUGGUUGCCUGGUUCAUGGUGAUUCACAGGCUUCUUACCUCAUAAACCUCAUAAAUAGUUUUUUUUUUUUUUUUCCAUCAGUCACAUAUAUUGGACCCAGACUGUACUGUAUGUGACUUGCCACUUCCCAUGUGUCUCACAGUGCAAUUGAUAUUUUAACUCUUUGCUUUUUGAAUGCUUGUUCUAACUUGUUUUACUAAAUAAGUCUCUCCAUUUGAUUUUAUUUAAA